AAAAUGAUGUUUGCAGUUUUAAUUGCUUUCUGCUCUAUUCUCUUUGGAAUCUUUCUUCUUAAACGAAGGAAACAUGGGUUUAAUAUGCCCAGUCCACCCUUUCACUGGUUACUGGGACAUAUACCUUUAAUGGGCAAAUCAGGCAGUAUUGCCCAUGAAGCAUUUUCUAAAAUAUCCAGUUCAUAUGGCGACCUUAUCAGGUUGAAUCUUGGAGGCAAAGAUAUGGUUCUUGUUUCUGGCUUUGAUGAAUUAAAAUCAAUCCAUUCUAGUGAAUUUGCUGAGGAUAGAGCCGUCCCCGAAAUUGCAAAUCUGAUAUUUGCCGGAAGUUUAAAGGAAACCAAGGGAGUACUAUUUAACUCAGGCAGUGCCUGGAAAGAGCUAAGAAGAUUUAUGCUGAAGACCUUGAAGGAUCUUGGGUUUGGAAAAACUGCCUCUGAGGAAACUGUGUUAGCAGAGACAAAGUUUUUAAUGGAAGAAAUAGGAAGAAUGGCCAAAACUGAUCAGGAAGUUGAUUUGGACAAAGUGUUCAAUAAGGCGGCGUUAAAUAUCAUCUGGAAUCUAGUGGCAGGUGAGAGGUUUGAUUAUGAACACGCAAAAAUGGCAAAACUUCUAGCUUGUCUCGACGCUUUUAUGCUGAUGGGUAAAAAGGUGAUUGGCCAACCUCUUGGGACAAUUCCAUUUCUUAGAUAUUUCCCUCCGUUCAGGGCAACUUUCCUCAAAUGCUGCAAAGGAAUGGAGGAGUUGAGGAAUUUUAUUUCUGAAACAAUAAAAGAUCAUGAGGAUACUUUGGAUCCAGAUAAUCCAAGAGAUUUCAUAGAUCUCUUCUUGCUUGAUCUUGGUUCUACUGAACAUAUGGAUAAAUCCAACCUUCUCAUCAGUGCUCUAGAUUUGUUUUCUGCUGGAUCUGAGACUACUAUUAAAAGUCUAAUGUAUGCUGUAGCACUAUUAGUCAGGAAUCCUGAUGUACAGAAGAAGGUUCAGGAAGAACUUGAUGCAGCUAUCGGAGGAAAACCCCUGCUAACAAUGUCGGAUAAGAUUAAGCUACCCUAUACUGAAGCAACUAUUCUAGAGAUAUGGAGAGUGGGAAAUAUUGUUCCCAUUUCCCCUCCAAGACGAACAUCAAAACCAUUAGAAAUAGGUGGUUCAAUUAUUCCAGCAAACACAAUGAUCAUCUCUAACACCCACACAAUGCAUAUGGAUCCAAAAUACUGGGAGGAUCCACAAUCCUUUAAUCCCUCCAGGUUCAUAAACUCACAGGGUAUGUUUGUGGCUGAUGAAAAAGUUUUAGCUUUUGGAACAGGAAAACGGAGAUGUCUCGGAGAAUCCUUGGCUCGGAUGGAGAACUUCUUGUUCUUGACGAACCUGGUGCAGAGGUUCUCCUUCUCCCCCGGGGACCAGGGUCCGCCCUCUCUCCAGGCCCAGGGAGGGUUCACCAACGGUCCAGUACCUUUCAAGGUCAAGGUCACGCCCAGGUUCUAAUCGAGGAUUAAGUUCAGAGACACCAUAUCAAAGAUAGUAAUCCGAGGAUCUAAUUGGAUGAAUUUGAGCUGGGUUUCAGAACUUCGAACCAGCGAUAGAUAGUUCAGCGACCUCUCCAAAUAAUUAAAUUCAGUCCCAGGAUCCAUUCACGUUAACAUUCAAGGUGUUGGGAACAUGAAAUAUUGCCUUAGAAAUUUAUUCUCUUUCUUUAAUAUAUCGAUUCGAAAUAAACUAUUUAACCAUUAAAAAAUAUAUUUUGUUUAGUUUGAACAAUCUCCCGCAGAUAUUGAACACGAACUUUUGGUUGUACACUGGUAUGAACCAAAACUUCAGAAACAGACUAAAAUAUCUCUUGCUUUUGAUGGGUGGCUGCCACUUUUUCUAAUCUCGAUCAAAUUGGAAGGGAAUUAAGUCCAAGCCACAAACUCAAAUGUUCUAAUUCCUAUAUCUUUGCAAUCGGAGGGCGUAAACAUUUGAUAUUUCAAACUUGGACUAUUCAAUAUAAGAUAAUUCAUAGUUUAAAUAUCUAAGGUCUACAGCAUUGGGUUACAAAACGAAAAAAGGACAAGGACUCAAUUUCUUGAUAAUUUCGAGUUAAAUCAUUUUAUACAUUGGAUUUUUAGAUUCGCCGGAAAACGAGUUGAUAUUAAUUUCUCUCUAAUGGAAAAUAACAUAGGCCUAUGAUACCUCUUUCAUCUUCUUAACAAUUACUGAAAAUGUUUCUUGAAUGUUAAUUGAUCUGAUUGAGUUGAAAAUAAUUUAAGCAAAAAUAUAAAUCUGAGAAUAAAGGAUUCCAAACAAAAUUUUUCCAAGAAACUGGUAUUGUAAAUUUUACUUAAGUUUUUACCAGGGACCAUAUUUAAUGAUUGACGAGAAGUAUUUGAACUACGUAAGUAGAAUAAGUUGAACCACACUUAAACCAGUGCACAAGAAAACAAGUCUACAUAGUUCAACUAUUUAUCGCUAUUCAUUAAAUUAGGUCCCAGUGCAGCUAAUUGUAAAACUUGGUUGAAAUAAACGAUUAUUGUAUCCGUACUAUUCUAGAGCAUUUAUUGUUUCUUUUAUUUACAUGAAAUACAUUUAAUAUCCUUU